AUGGGUUGCCAGCCCCGGCGGCGGCCACCGGCAUGCUCGCUUUGCCGGAUCCGAAAGCUGCGCUGCAACCGCCAGUCGCCGUGCUCCAACUGCUCGAUCCGCGGCAUUCCUUGUCACCGCGAUAAUCCUCGCUGUGGGCCAAAGCUCCACGAUAAUGCAUCGCAAGAAGCGCUCGACCGGAACCACUUGGCGCCGGCCUCACUGGCAUCGACUCAGCUGCAGCUCAUCUCGGCGGAUGUACUAGAUAUGCAGAAUAGUUGCGCUAACCAGAAAUUACUGGAUUCGUUGGCGCCGAGCCCAUUCACUCUCCGCACUCGUUCUAUUCGCACCAUCACCAAGCCGUCUUAUUUUGUUCAUCAUCCUGAUACGUCGUCUGAAACUCUGUCUGAAGAAGUGAGAGUCAUCAAAUGCAUAUGUCUCCCUUUACGAGAGGAUGCUCAUGUCCUUUUGGAAAAAUUCAUCGACGAUGUGCUUCACUUUCACCACAUCUUUCACACGCCUUCUCUACCAUCAACUGUGGAUCAGUUCUAUGAUGCCGUGGAACAGAAUGAGCAUGUUGACUUGGGCCAGCUGAUGCUUAUUCUGGCAAUAUGCUGCAGCACUACGCACACAUGGACUCGUUAUGACGACGCCAAAGGCCUAUUUGACUGCGCAGAAGAUGCAAACUCGCAGACUUCGGGGUGGCUUAAAACGGCCUUGGACAUGAUUCACCAUGCCCAUGUCGCUGUACAUGCAUCAUUAACCUGCAUACAAGGAAUCAUGGUGGUGUUUUUCAUGAUAUGUAGCUUGGAAGGCAUCUCGCCGCGGGCUCGAGUGCUUCACACCCAAGCAGUUGCAAUGGCCCAGACGAUUGGGCUGCAUGCCAUUGACUCUCCAAACGCCGCUAUUCAUUUGAACUGGCUCAAUAAUUCUCAUGUUCUAGCGGAGGUUGGACGCAGGACAUGGUGGAACCUUACAGAUACAGACUGGAUGAUUUCGAGAUUAUCAGUUCCUCAAGGGGGUUCAUAUAUAAUUCAGGCGAGUCAAAUGGCGGUACGGCGGCCUUGUAACGCAAACGACGAGGACAUCAUCGACGGACAAGAAAUUGUCGAUCGCCCACUCGAGGAAGCAACAUCUGUCUCGUAUCUUCUCCAACGCAGUCGUCUUGCGGUGCUAUUUUACAACCUCGGAGACUUUGACAAGCCCAUCAACUCCACGUCAGAAGAAGCAGAGUAUCUCAAAGUCAUGGAAGUAGACAUGAAGCUGCGGCAGUUUAUGAGAGAAUUGCCCUCAUAUUUCCGCCUUGAAAACAGCGACUACGUUUCCAAAAAGCCUAACCAAGAUACUCGACAAUCAUCCAACAUCACCACUCAAAGAUACCUGCUCAACAUGAUUUUCUACGGCCAAAUCUGCAAGCUUCACUUGCCAUACAUGGCACGAGGCACAGUAAACCCCGGGUUUGCCUAUUCCCACGACUCUUGCCUAAAAGCAGCCCAGCAAAUCAUCUACAUAGAGCACCAGAUGAGGGCCGAACCCUCAACCUUUAUCCUAUUCCGCCAGCGCAUGAACAUCAAGUUUCGCAGCAUCUUCAUUGCCUGUGUAGUCUUUGUUCUAGACGGAUGCCUAGCCAGUAGUGUCGAGGGCGGGACAAUGGAGGCCGACGCAACAAUGGCCGACGCAUGGAAGAUUCUGCACGAAGCAGAGGGGCAAUCGCCGAUGGCGUCUGAGCUGCUGCAGCUCUCGGUGGGGAUUUUGAAAAAGUAUAAAGCGACG